AUGAAAUAAAACAUUCAAAAACCUAAGUUUAGUCAGGUCAUAUUGAAUUAGUAUUAUAAAGAGAAAGCAGAGCUUGAUAGUUCUAUAAAGCAAAUUUAAAACAAUAUUAACCAAAAAUUUGGGGAAAAAUUAAAUGUCAAAAACAUUUUUGUAUUAUACUUUUAAACUUUAAAUAAUCUAAAUGAAUAUAGAUAUAUGGGAUAAACAUUACAUUUAGAAGAAGAAAUAAGGGAGUAUUUAUCAAGUCUUCCACUUUAUACCUUUUUCCCUUAAAGGAUUUGGGAUUUUAGUUUUACAAGUACAAUACUUUAUUAAUUUAGAAUAAUUCCUAUCAAAGUUUUAAACUCUCAAAGAAGAUGAAGUAAUUAGGGUUGUUGUUCUAAUUAAGAGCAUACUUUAAGGAAAAUUUAAUAAAUAAUAUUACUAAUGGAUUAAUGCGACUCAAAUGUAGGUUGGUAGUAUCAAAUUUCCAUUUUAAUAUGACUUUGAAUUAGACUGUGCUAUUGAAAGCCGAAUUACUAUGCAGUUUUAAGUUUUUCCCAAGAAAUACCCUCUAAUGGAUAAUUCAGAUCAUCCAACUUAAUUUGAUUUUAUUCAUGAAUUGAUAUUUGUCGAGUUGAAUGAAGGCUCUUAUUAGAAAAACCCAUAACCAUAUGAAAAAUAUCUUAAAGCUCAAUAAAGCAAACCAAACUUCUUUACCGACAUGAAAUUUAUUUAAGAAUAAGAUAAAAAAAAAAUUAAGUAUUUAAGGGUUGGGGAAUCCACUGAAAAUCAAUUCUUAUUGUUUGGGCCAAGAAUGUUUAAACCCUUGUUAUGUUAGGGGAGUUAAUUUAAUUAUAAUCAUAAGUUAAACCUAUGGAUGACAAUAGAAGAUGAAGAGAAAUAUUAUAAGAAAUUAUAAUAGAUAGAUGAAUUAAGAUAAAAUAAUUAGAUGAUAAGAAAGUAUUGUUAUUUACCUUCUUCAUAAUAACUAUUAACCAUCAUAAAAAACAUCCCAAAUUUCAGAGUAAAAUUAACUGAAGAGUAAAGAAAUGUGAUUUCAUAUGGAGGUGAUGCUUUAGUAAUUGGUAGAAGUGGAACAGGUAAGACAACAUGUGCACUUUUAAAAUUAUUCUCUACAGACAUUUUGUACAAAUUGAGAAUCAAAUUAGAUUAGAUAAAAUAAUCAUCUACAGAUAUUAUAUUAUCAUAAUAAGAAUAGAAUUCUUAAUUAAAGACUAUCUUUGUAACUGCAAGUCCAUUAUUAGCCUGUCAGGUGAAAAGAUUAUACGAUUAAUUAGUCACUAACAUCCAAAAUGCAAUUAAUACUAAAAGACAAAGAGCAAAAUAGGAUUAAUAAGUGAAUCCUUAAUCCUAAAACAUAGAUUUAGAAUAGAGCACCUUCUAAAUAAUUGAAGCACUUUAAUAAAAUGAUAAAGAUAUUGAUGAUAAUAAUCAAUAGGAAGUUUAGAAUGAUAAUGAAAUAGAAGAUGAAGAGAUCAAUGAGUUUGAAAAAGAGAUGGGAAAAUUUAAUAAAUUUAGUGAAAUUCAAUAAUUCCCAGUUUUCCUAACACUACGUAAAUUAUUGGCACUUAUUGAUUCUUCCCUUCUCCAUUCUUUCUUUAAAGUCUAUGGAGGAUAUUAAAAUAAAUUAUCACAAUGGCAUAAUGAAUCCUCUGGUCUUAUGACACUAGAUAAAAACUAAACAGCUUAGCCUUUUAAUGAAGAUCUUCUAUAUAAGCAUAUUAGUCUAAUUGACAAUCAAGAAUUCAUUGAAACCAAUUUACAAGAGGUCACAUUGGAGGUUUUUGAGAGAGUGUUUUGGCCUAAGAUCGUUAAAGAAUUGAAGUAGGAGUAUUAUGAUGUAUCAACUUUUGAUCCAACCUUGGUUUGGAGUGAAAUUUGCACAAAAAUCAAGGGUCAUGAAACCUCGCAUGAAUAUCCUGAUAAAUACAUGAAUUUUGAGAAUUAUUCUUAUUACCAUAGAGUAUUAUCAGAAGUAUAGACAAAAUUACUUUAUAAAGCAUUUGAAACUUAUGAAAGAUUAAAACAAAGUUAUGGAUAUUAUGAUUUGUUAGAUAUAGUUAAUCAUAUUAAUUAUGAGUUAUCUUAAGGGAAUGAUGUGAUUGAGAGUGUGCAUUAUUUAAUGUUGGAUGAGCUUCAAGAUGUUCCAAGAGCUGUUCUGGUAUUAUUGGACAGAAUGGCAGAAUUUGGUUUAUUUUGUUGUGGAGACAAUGCUUAGAACAUCGCCAAAGGAAUAGGCUUUAAGUUUUUUGAAGUAUAAAACUGUAUCUUAAACUACAGAGGUAGUCAAAGGAGAAGAUAAUCAAAUCUAACAUUAUUCGAUUUAAAUAUUAAUUUCAGAUCACACAAUUAAAUUCUGCAAUUGGCCAACUCUGUUAUCAGAGUCUUAGAGAUUUGUUUCCCAUACAAAAUUGAUAGAUUAAAGAAGGAAACAUCUGAUUUAACUGGACCAAAGCCUGUUGUCCUAUAUACAGACUAACCUUAAGACUUGUUAUCUUAUAUUUAAGAGUUUUUCACUAAUGACCGCAAGACAGUUGAUUUUGGAUGUAAUUAAGCUAUCAUUGUUAAGGAUCAAGAAUCUAAAGAAAAAUUACCUUAAGAACUGUAAAAUGCAUUGGUUCUUACAAUAUAUGAAGCAAAAGGACUAGAAUUUGAUGAUGUAAUUCUGUACAAUUUCUUUAAUGAUUGCACUACUUCUGUAGAUGAUUGGAAAAUUUUGAAUGACUUCGAAGUUGAUUCAGUCUAUAUGACUGAAGAAGGAUUUAAAAAUUACUAAACAGGUACUCAAUAUUACAUAUUUUAUAGUUCAUCAAUCUGAAAUUGUAACGUCUGAUUACAAUGCAUAGAAUAAAUUGAUCGAAAUUAAAUAGCUUAAGUUAAGGGGUGACUUAAAAAAAAUAAAAUCCGUCUAGGAUUCCUUUUCGGAAUAUAUUUCUUUGUGUUAAGACCUGAAAUAGUUGUAUGUGGCUAUAACCAGACCGAAGAAAAGGUUAAUAAUAUUUGAUCAGUCUAUUAAAAAAAGAUAGAUAAUGCAAUCUAUAUGGGAGAAAUUGGAUGUGGUUACUAUUGUUUAGAAAAAGAAUAUUUAGGUUUCUGACACUCAAUUCAUCCUUGAACAUACUGUAGAUAAUUAGGCUAAUUGGAAAAAGUAAGGAUACAAAAUGUUUAGACUCAACAAUUAUGAUUAAGCAGCAAAGUGCUUUAAGUUUUCAGGUGAUGAGAUACUAGCAAAGAAAUCCAAAGCCUAUUUUUUGGCCACUUAAGCUAAUAUUUUUAAUGAGAAUAGAGAGAAUUAUAUUGCAGCAGCAAAGUUAUUUGAGGAGAUUAAUUUCCCUUUAAGAGCAGCAUAAUGUUAUUUUUCAGGUAAAGAAUAUAUCAAAGCUUAUGAAUAAUAUAAAUAAACUGAUUGUAAAGGUGAAACUGCUGAGUCUGCAUAUUUUGCUGGCUAUUUUGAAGAGGCUGCAAAUCUAUUUUAUUAGAUCGAUGACAUUAGAAGAGCACUAGAUUGCUAUAAGAAAGCCAAUAAUUGGCAAAGAAUUAUUGAAUUAUUAAAUUUGCAUAAGAAUGAAUUUCCAAUUGAAGAAAGAAUGGCUUUCUUGAAUAAAUUCUUUCCUAGUUUUCUUUAAGAAAUGACAGAUUAGAUUGAGUAAUAGGAAAAAGAAAUGGAGGAGUAAUCUUUAAAUGAGGAGCCAUGCAUAAUCGAAGAAGAUGUUUAAGAUUAAUCUUAAAGUUUCUAAAUUGAGAAUUCUUAGAUAAAUGAAUCGCAAUAAGUCGAGAACCCUGAAAACAAUCUUGAAACAUCCUAAGUGAGCAUAGUAAAACAAGAAAAAUAAGAUAUAAUUGAAAUUGAUGACUCAGAGUCUUUUUAAGUUCAAAAUGAGGAAUCCUUUGAUCAUCUCUCAAUGUUUGAUCCAGAAGAUGAAUGGUUGAAAAAUAAAUAAAACUCCUUAAUCAAAUCUAUUGCUACUUCUAGUGUCGAAUCACAGUUUUCAAAUGUUCUAUUAUUGAAUUAGCCAUCUAACGUUUCACUCUUAAAAUCCAGGUCUAAUAUCUUUAUUAAGAAUAAUGUUUUACAGUAAUUGGUUUAAAAAUUUUAAUUCUUUUCUGAUGAAUUCAAGACUCACAUCGAAAAGCAGACACAUAAGGCUACUCUCCUGUCAAAUAGAACUGGGGAUGAGAAGGAGUUUGACCAUAUGAUCAACUUCUUAUAUGAUUUGGAUAAUAUAGAUAUUGAUACCAUCUACUUGAUUCUAGAUCUAUUAGAGCAAUUCAAAAGUUAUAAAUUAUGCAUUUAUGUUUGCAACUAAUUCAAAUUGGCUUAAUAUAUAGGUAGAUACUUAGUAUCGUUGGCUUCACUCUACACUCCAUUAACAAGGAACUCCUUGAAGGAUAAUUAUUAAAUUAUUAUAAAUAAACUCUAUAGAAAGCAAAUACUAUAAUAAGCAGCAGUUUCCUAGUUGGCUAUUAAUAAUAUUUUAGAAUCUAUAAAUCCUGUGUUCUUAUAAUUUAAAUUUGAAGAACACCUUAAUUUAUCCAAUAGUUUUGGAAUUACUUGUUACAAAGAAUUGAUUGGCUUAGGGUAUUGGAAGACUGUCAUCUAUCAACUAAAUUAUGAACAUGCAUUCAACUUGUGCAAAUCAUUUAAUAAUUAUUCAGAUAUUGUUAAUGUGAUAGAGAAAGUCAAGGAAAAUAGAAAUAAUAAACUACUUAGUGAAUAGGAAUAGUUUAACUAGAAUAAAUACUAAUAUUUUAUAGACAUCUAAGAUGCUCUUUAGACAAAAAAUUCAAAAUUCAACCCUAUAUUUUCAACUACUAUUAAAUACUUUGAUAAUAAAAGAUAAUUGACUCAAGAUAUUAUAGAAGAUAUUAUUAAAAAUAGUCAAAUAAAAAAUAGUUCAAAUCUAAAUUACACUUAAUAGUUGAAUUAAAUAGAAUCAAUAAUUCUAUCUCAUCUAAUCAUACAGACGAGUGGUGCACAUGAAAAAAAAAAAGUAGAUCUCACAUUACUUGUUGAAAUUACCAUUUACUUUUUAAAUCAGAUUCAACUAUUUUGUAAAAAUUCAAAUAUUAUUGAUUCAUUCGCAUUCCUGUAUCAGUUUUCAUUACCUUAAGGAGAAAUCAUGGAUCACUAUUCUUAAUAUACUCUUGUAUAUUUGACUUCUGGUCUAAUGUAAGUUUUACACUAAUCGUAAAAAGAAGUAUAAAAGGAUCAAACUUAAGUAUCAUAAUAGGAAUUAAAAUUUAUUGAUAUUGGAUUUGAAUAUGUUUUGACUCCUUAUCAUGUGGUUUUGAAGGCUAUUUAUAAAUCCUUUAUUUAGACUCUUUCUGAUCAAUUCUUCAAAUUAUCGGAGUCAAUUAAAACUUAUUACCUUAUAUAUGAGAAAAUAGGUGAAAAAUAGUAAUACUCUUAAAUUGUAUAUAGAAAUCAUUUUUUACCAAUCUUUUAAUAAUUGUAUUACUUAGAAUAAAAACAAAAGAAUGUAUUACCUAUUAUUUUUCUUCCUAAAACAGUCAACCUCUAAAAAUUCAAAAAUUUCAAUGAUUCACCAAUUAGAAAUAUGGAAAUUGAUAGACAUUCAUCUUCAAUUUUAAAUUAAAUUAAAUCCCUUCAUUAAUUAGAUUUUACCAAGAUAUUAAUCAAGACCAAUAUUAGAAAUCCAAAUUUACCCUCUUAAAUUAAAUAAUUCCUUAUAAAUGAAAGCAUAUCGCUCCUUCAAAAGCCAUAAGAUAAAUUAAGUCAUCAGAAAGUAAUUUUAGCUAUAAACAUACUAAAUUAUGUCAACGAAUUACCCUUGGCUAUUUUUACACUUUAAUAAAUGAAGAAGCCAAUCUUGAUUAAUCCUUAUAUUAAAUAUAUGGAAUUCCUAGAAUGUUAAGAAUAUAAUAUUACUGAUGAUCUUUUUGGUUGUUUUGCAGAAUUCAGUGCUGAUCUUUAGAGUUAAUUAUACUUAGAUGAAUGGCUCUAUCACUUAAUAAGGGUCGGGUUAACUAUUCUGGUUUCAAUUCUAGAAGAGAAGAAGCUCUAAAUAUGCAUACCUUAUAUCUAUGUUGAAUUUUUAAAAGAGGUAGAAGAUCACAAAAUUCAGUCACCUAUAUUUAAAAUUUAAAAUGAGGAGUUACUUGUAGAGUAUUUAUAUCUUUUAGGAUAAUUCCUAGAUAAUUGCAAUUCUGAGCAUUACGAAUAUCACGCUAAUUUAUUGCUUAUCAUUUUUAUUAUCAAUUUACCUGUUUUGACAAAAGAAGCUAUUGAAUAAAUAGGUAAAAUAAUAGAAUUUGAUUCAAAAUAUAAGUUUUACUAAAGACUUAAGUUAAUAAUAUUGAAAGACCUGUAAGUUAGGUAAAAUGAAUACAUUAAACCAAACCACUCAUUAUUCAUAAACCAUUAUUUAGACUUGCCAAUCACCAAUCUAUAGAUAGUCAAUAAAUAUAAUUAAAAUUAACUUGAAUAACUUUAUAAUACUUGUUUAUAAAAUUGGGAAAGAUAUUAAAACUAGUCAGAUACUAUAAAAUAGAAUGGAUUAAACUUAAUGAGAAAAUGGUUAAACCAUAAACAAUUUCUAGCCAAAUCAAAAUAUUUACAGAAGCCUGUCCCCAAGUUUUAACUAUAAACUUAUAUUGUUAAAUUUUAACAAUUUUACUAGUUGAAACUUCAAUAACUUUAUAAAAAUUUGAAUAACAAAGAUAUCAAAACAGAAAAUAACAUUAAGGAAGCAUUUGCAAUAUAAGAGUAAGACUUAUUUAUAUUUUAGGGAUAUCUUAAACCAAAGACAUGGAGCAGUUGAUUCUAUAGACCUUCAUUUUUGUAAUUCGUUAUUAGAAAAACUUUCUUAAUUGAAUCUUGAAAUUCUGAAGGGAGUUAAUGUAAGCUAAUAAUUAAUCGAAUUAUCUAAUGAAUUAGUUGGUUGGAAAGAGAAUAUCAAAACGAAUUAAGACCUAUAAGAUGAAUUAUUUACUAGGAAUAAAGAGUUACUAGCAAUAAAAUGGAAAAAUUUGAAGUCAGGUAUAAAAUUAAAGAAGAGAGUUGUUAAAAAAGUAGAAAUGCAAACAAUUCAAGAAGAGGAAGAAGAACAAUAAUGAGC